GGUCGGCCGCACUCUUUUCUUUCUCACUUUCUAUCGACAAUGGUUGCAUUGCGCCAAUCGCCAUCGCUGCCACUGGCACUGCUGCUGGCCAUGGCGCUCGUUGCUGCACCCAUGAUGAUGCAGCUUGCGGCUGCCCACUCGCCGGUGGAGCUGACCGAGGCCAACUUUGACGAGCUCACCAGCGAGGGCGACUGGAUUAUCUCGUUCACUGCGCCGUGGUGCGGCCACUGCAAGUCGCUCGCGCCCGUCUGGAUCCAGGCUGCUGCCCAGCUCCCGUCGCACAUGGCUGGCGUGGCCGCGGCGGCUGCAGCGAACGCCAAGUCCCAGGAGUCGGUCGCCAAGCCGGCCUUUUCCUGCGACUCUGAGCUCUGGACGACGACGCCCUCAAGCAACAAGCCCGCUAAUGCUGCUGCAGGCGGCCAGAUGAUGCGGCUGGGCAAGGUCGACUGCACUGCCCAGGCGGCGCUCGGCGAGCGCUUUGGCAUCCGCGGCUACCCGACCAUCAAGCACUUUAGCGCUGGCCAGUACGUCUCGGAUUUCCGUGCUGCGCGCACUGUCGACGGGAUUCUCGAGUUUGCCGAACGCGUGUCGCUGCCCUCGAUUGCUCAGGUGCUGAACGGCGCGGCAAUCACCGUCUUGGCAAACGGCGCAGAGGCCGUCUUUGUCCUGGUCGACCACAACCCGUGCGAGCAGGAGGAUGUCGAGCGAGUCUUCCUCCACACGGCCAAGACGCUGCAAACACAGGUCGCAUUCGCUGUUGCGACACGAGCAGCCUUCGCAGAGUACGCUGCCACGCUUUCACAGGCCGAUCUCGCCAGCAAGUUUCCCGGCUCGUUCCUCGCAGUCCUCAAAGACGGCAAAGCCUCGGUGUUUGAUGCCGACAAAAUCAACCUGGACGACCAGGAGCGGUUUGAGCUCUUUGUGUCGUCCAAUCGCUUCCCUGCCAUGGCCGAGUUGAGUUCGGCCACCUAUCCGACGCUGACCACCGAAGGCAAGCCGCUGACGAUCGUUCUCGUGAAUGGAGCAAUGAAGCAAGCAGGUACCAUCAACGAAAUGUCCGGCCCUUCGAAAAAGUUGCUCGCCCAAGCCCGUCAGGCGGCGCUCGCCUCGUCCGAGGCUGACGGUUCCAAGCCCUAUACGCAGUUUGUCUGGAUGAACGCCAAACUGUUCAACCGCUUUGUGAGCGACAGCUUUGACGUCAACCCCGACAAGGAUUUGCCCCUUAUUCUCGUCUGGAACCCCGACACGGCCCAAUUCUGGCGCGCUCCUGCCGGCACCCCCACCGACACCAAGCAGGGUAUUCUCCAGUUUGUCCAGGAUGUUCGUGCAAACCGCAUUCCCCCUCUCGGCGGCAAUGGCUUGUUGGAGCGUGGUCGCAAGAUUGGCAAGGCUGCUCUUUCAGUGUUUGGUAAUCUGUACAAUGACCACCCGGUCAUGUUCUUUGCCGUUUGUGUUCUCCCCAUCAUGUUUGUUGCCAUGCUGGUAAUGGGAGGCGGCGACGACGCGACUCAGCAAGCCGCUGCAGCUGCAUCGAUCGGUGCCACUCCUGCACCAACAGACGCCGCUGCGACCACUGCUGCUGGCAAACCCAGCAAACAGGACUAAGCAACUGCCCUUUGAUUUUUGUUUUUUUAAUUACCAAUACCCCUCAUCUGAAUUGGCGUUGUUUGUAUCAUUUGCAAUAGCGGUCGUGUUUUUUUUUUACAAAUGUUUGUUCAUCACUUUUCGGCGCCAAAAUGCAAAAUACAUCGGCACCCUUCACCCGU